UGUUUGUGUAGUUAGUAAUUACAUUUAAUUAUGACAAUUUUAUAUUUUACUUAUUUAUUUAUAAUCCUAUUUACUGAAGCUAUUGCUGCACAAGAGUUUAGGUUAAGAAAACGAGACUAUGGUGCUCAGGCGAGGGAACCUUUUGGACUUGUUUAUAGCAAAGGGCGGCUUGUAGGUGUACUCGAACCGUACACUGAUCUUUAUAAGUUAGCCCCAAUUUCAAACGUCCGUCAGAAUAUUGAAGAGAUACCACUGCAAUCAGUGAGCGAAAGUAGAUCUCUUACCGACCCUAGCGAGGACUCGGAAAAAGACGAAAGCGGCCAAAAUGAUUACACACGCUACACAGACGAGAAAUAUCCUAUGGUUUUGACAGAUUUCAAAAUUAACAGUAAACUUAGCGCGAUGAAAGCCAAUAAGCAGGAUAAUUGGCAGUCUUCGAGAGUUGAGGGGAAAAGCCAUCAUGCAACGGAAGCGGAUGGCUAUGGUGGGCCUGGCGCCGCCCACCUAAAAUCAAAAAAAGCGAUAUCUAACGAACAAAUAUCUGAGCUGAGUUCUGCACUCGGUUCUGCAUUACAUCGAAUUAAAGAAUCUGAUUCUUCAGAAAAAGUUGAAGCCAUAGAGGAAGAUCUGCGUGGAUUGUUAAGUGAUGUGGGUUUAAUCGACUCGGAAACAUUACAAAAUAAAAGAGAAGCGAUUAAAAGGGACUCGAAUGUCGAAGACGAAAACCUAGAAGAAGGGCAAAAUAAUAUUCAGAUUGUAAAAACCACCGAUAUCGAAAGAAACAAACGGUACGAAGCCACACCUGGCGUCGAUGUCACUCUCGACACUAAAGCAGAGGAAGAUCUAAAGGCGACCGAGCCCACUGAGAACGAGGAAAACAAAAGAGAGGCGACUACUGUUAAUAUAAAAAAUUAUCAGAGUGAGGGGGAUGUUUAUAUACGAAAUAAGAGGCACGAAGUAACCACGGAAAACAGUGAUAUAAUGAAAAAUCUCGAAAAAUCCGGCGAAUUAACUGUGAGUGGGAACAAAUCGCCGUUGGCGAGUUCUGAAACUUCCGCCGUGAAUACCGAAAAACGCAAAGAGGGUGGUGACAGCACCUCGUCCACGGGAGCAGCGAUUGAUGACUAUGAAAAACGACUAGAACAAAAUUUACAACAGAAAAUAGAAGCGAUAAAAGAAGAAGUAAAAAGAGAAAUAGCGUCACUGCAUGCAAGAAACGCGCCUAAUGUAGACGAGUCGCAGCGAAGGAAACGCGGAACUUCCAAUACUCUACAGGAAAAAGAAUCCAAAGAAAUCAACCCUUUGGAUCAUCCCGAAGAACCAUUAGUAUCUUAUAUACGCACAAAGAGGAAUGUGGGUGGACGUAACAAACGGGAGGCGUAUGAACUCGAUGAAACUCCGAUGGACGAGGGUGAUGAUCUAGAAAUUCUUGAAACCGAAGAAGAAAUUGAAAACGAUGAGGAUCGUCUUCCCAACAACGAUUUCAUAAACAACCCAAACACCACAAUCACUGUCUUAGAAAGUACGACAAGGUUGAUUAACACGACGUCCUCAACUCCCGCAAUUAAGUCAAGUUUGCCUGACCCGGUGAGCCUUGCUUUAGCAUCGCACACCGAAAGCCCAGUAGUUGACCUGUCGAAGCGCCAGCGGCUUAAUGGUGUAACACACGCGCGUAGAAAACGCGCAGAAACCCUAGUGCCAGAUGGCUACGCAGCUUACCGUGCCGAGGAUCAGGAAAGCGACGAAGAGGGCGACGAAUCCGAAGACGACGGUUUUGAUGACCGUACAGCCAAUCUUCGGGAACUCAACCGAUAUUUGCUAGAUUACCGGAAUCCGUUGCAAUACGACGAACCCUAUGGCGAAAGUGACUACCCCGUUAGGCGAUACGUUUCCAACCUAAACUCCGACCUUGCUCCCAGGUUUUUGCACGACCCUUCCGCCUACAUCCGGAGAAAGCGACACAAUUUUGAUCGAAUGGUGGCGUUGCACGGAGAAGCGCCGAUGAUUCGCCACUUGGCAGCCGCGAGGGAAAGAAAUAUGAGACAAUUCGAAGAUAGAGCACGACAGAAACGCAAUUUCGGACGUAAGUCGCAACCUGUCGAAGACGAGCAGCAGCGCAUAGCCGAUUUGUCCGAUACCGACCUAUUUGGUGCGCUUCCACAAAGUUACGAAGGCGAAUUGUCGCGGUUUAAAAGAGUGAAAAGAAAAGUCGGCGCUGUAAAGGGGGCGAGUUGAGUAUUUUGUGCUCAUAUUAAAUGUAUUAGGCACACAGAAUUAUUCGAAGUGAUAUCUAAAAACUAUUAAGCACUGUUUUUCAUUGUUGCAAAAUUGUAUACAUAACAGGUACGGAUUGUGUACACCCUCGUAGGCUAUAAGUCAU